CUCAGGUCACUGGAGGUCCCUCAUUCUGAAGAUGACGGCUUCGGCAGCGAGGGCCGCAAUGGCACUGCGUACGAAUAUCCGCCGGCCGGUUGCGUUUGUCAGAAAAAUUCCAUGGACCGCGGCCUCGAUUUCCUCUUCUUAUACAGGUGAACUGAGAGAACACUUUUCACAGUUUGGCCAUGUACGAAAGUGCACUGUUCCUUUUGACAAAGAGACUGGCUUUCACAGAGGUAUGGGUUGGAUCCAAUUUUCUUCAGAAGAAGAACUUCACAAUGCACUACAACAGGAAAAUCAUGUUAUUGAUGGAGUAAAGCUCCAUGUUCAAGCUCAAAAACCCAAAGCUUUGCAAGGGGACCAAACAUCUGAUGAAGAGUAAGAUUUUUGAGACCAUCAUCACUGCCUAUUAAAACUCUUUGUACCUUGGAUUGGUUGAAGAGCCUUUGGUCAUACUGAACGUCAUUGGAAGUCCGAGGAUUGGGCACACCAAGAGCAAUGACUUCACUGAUAUCUCGAUUUUCAUUUCUCUGCAGUUUCGACCUGUUUCGAAAUACCAUGCCACAAACUGAAAAUUCUUCACAAACAAGUUGAAUUUCCACUUAAAUACAACCGAUAUCAGAAGCAGAGUAAAUAUGUACAUUCACAUCUUGUGAAUAUAUAUAUUCCUUGAUAAUGCAUAAUGAGGAUGGCAGCUCUUAAAGCAUUUCAGAUACAUGAUUAUAAGAGAUAGGGUUUUACAGUUAAGCCUUCCUGACAGCAGAAAAGAACUGCUAAGAGACUCUUUUUUUCCCUUGAGAUAAAAUUGGUGUAUAACAUUAUAUAUAAGUUUCAGGACUACGACAUAAUUCGGCAUCUGGACGCCUACACAGAGUGACCAUCGCCAGAAGACUAGCUACUGUCCAUCACCAUACACCUGACCUUCAGCCACUUCACCAAUCCCUCAAUCCCCUUCCCCUCUGGUAACCACCAAUCUGUUUUCUGUAUCUAUGAGUUUGAUUUUGUUUUGUUUGGUCAUUUUGUUCUGUUUUUGUAGACUUCACAUGAGUGAAAUCACACAGUAUUUUUCUUUCUCUGACUUGUCUCACUUGGCAUAAUACCAAGGUUCAUCCAUGUUGUCACAAAUGGCAGGAUUUCAUUUUUAUGCCUGAGUUGUAUUCUAGUGUACACACACAUGCCCCAGAUCAUCUUUAUCCAUUCAUCUGUUGAUGGGCACUUAGGUUGCUUCCAUAUCUUGGCUAUUGUAAAUAAUGCUGCAGUGAACACAGGGAUGCAUAUACUUUUUUGAAUUCGUGUUUUUGUAUUCUUCAGAUAAAUGCCCAGAAGUGGAAUAGCUGGAUCAUAUGGUAGUUCUAUUCUUAAUUUUUUGAGGAAUCUCCAUAGUGUUUUCCAUACUGACUGCACCAAUUUAUAUUCCCACAAACAGUGCAUGAGGGUUCUCUUUUCUCCACAUCCUCUCCAAUGCUUGCUAUUUCUUGUCUUUAUGCUAAGAGCCAUUCUAACAGGUGUGUGGUUUUAAUUUGCAUUUCCCUAAUAAUUAGUGAUGUUGAUUAUCUUUUCAUGUGCCUGUUGACCAUCUGCAUGUCUUCUUUGCAAAAAUGUCUAUCCAGAUCCUCUGCCAAUUUAAUUGGGUUUGUUUCUUUGUUGUUGAGUUGUAUGAGUUCUUUAUAUAUUUUAGAUAUUAAUCCCUUGUUGGAUAUAUGAUUUGCAAGUAUCUUCUCCCAUUCAGUAGGUUGCCUUUUCGUUUUGAUGAUGGUUUCCUUCACCGUGCAGAAGUUUUUAGUUUAAUAUAGUCCCAUUUAUUUAUUUUUCCUUUUGUUUCCUUUGCCUUUGGAGUCAGAUUCACAAAAAACAUUGCUAAGACCAAUGUCAAAGAGCUUAUUACUACCUGUGUUUUCUUCUAGGAAUUUUUGGUUUAAGGUCUUACAUUCAAAUCCUUAAUUCAUUUUGAGUUAAUUUUUGUGCAUGGUGUAAGACAGUGGUCUAGUUUC